AUGUCUAACAACAAAAACUCCAAAAUUCUAAAAGUAGCAUUUUACCCAUGGUAUGCUUUUGGUCACCUUAUUCCUAACCUUCGCUUAGCCAAUCAACUUGCCGAAAGAGGCCACCAAAUUUCGUUUUUUCUCCCUUCCAAAAUACAAACUAAAUUAGCCUCUUACAACCAUCACCCUGACCACAUUUCCUUUAUUCCCAUCGACAUCCCGCAUGUCGAUGGGCUUCCUCCUGGGGCUGGGGCGGCCAACAAUGUGCCCGCCUCAGCCCUGACCUUCUUGAUGAGGGCCAUGGAUAUGACUCGUGACACUAUGGAGGAUCAUCUACUCCAUGUAAAGCCUGAUAUAGUUUUCUAUGACUUUACUUGUUGGAUGCCCGAGUUAGCCCGAAAACACGGGAUCAAGGCCGUGUAUUUUUGUCAAUCAUAUGUAAUGACAUUUGCUUAUUUUUGUCCCUUCAAAAGGAAAGAAAGUAACAACCCCACAGCGGCUGACCUUGUCGCGCCACCACCAGGGUUUCCAUCCCAAUCCAUAUGGUUGCGUGCUCAAGAAGCCGCCGAUGUUGAGGCAGCUCCAGUGAACACAGUAUACGGACCAGAACAUCUAACAUUGCUAGAUAGAGUGAACAAAUCAUUACGCGAAUGUGAUGCAAUUGGAGCUAAGAGUUUUAAAGAGUUGGAAGGGGCUUAUUGUGAGUAUGUUGAGAAAGUUUAUGGUAAGCCUGUGCUUUUAGCAGGGCCUUUAAUCACUAAACUUGCCUCUUCGAAACUCGAUGAACGUAUUCAUGGUUGGCUUCAAGGUUUUGAUGAUGCGAGUGUAAUAUAUUGUGCACUUGGGAGUGAAUGUGUUAUGAAUCUUAACCAUUUUCAACAUCUUCUUCUUGGACUAGAGCUCACAGGAAGGCCAUUUUUUGUAGUCCUAAGGCCGCCAACGGGAUACAGAACAAUAGAGUCAGCCUUCCCCAAAGGGAUCGAAGAGAGAACUAAAGGAAGAGGAAUGAUGCACGGUGGUUGGGUGCAACAACAACUUAUCUUGCAACAUCCUUCGGUAGGGUGUUUCGUAACACAUUCCGGACCAGGGUCAAUUUCUGAAGCUAUGAUAAGUAGUGAAUGUCAACUAGUGUUAUUGCCUCAAAUAUUAGAUCAAUAUCUCAUUGCAAGAAUGAUGAGCUUAGAAUUGAAGGUUGGGAUCGAGGUUGAGGAGUGCACUAAGGAGGCCAUUAGUAAGGCAAUAUCGACCGUGAUGGAUGGAAACAAUGAUGUUGCAAAAGAAGUGCGGGCUAAUCGUGUUAAGUGGAGAAAAUAUUUGUUAAGGGAAGGUCCAAGACUUGAGGAAUCUUAUAUUAGUAGCUUCAUUUAUAAUCUACAAAAGUUGCUUGAGUGA